UUCCCGAACCGUUACGACAGUUCCCGUUCACGUUCACAGUUCCCACGUACCCGUUCCAGUUCACGUUCACCCGUUCCCCGUUCAACGUUCAACCGUUCACCGUUCCAACAGUUCCAGUACCCGUUCAACCCGUUCCCGUUCCCCGUUACCCUCACGUUCACCGUUCCCGUUCCCGUUACCGUUACAGUUCACCGUACCCGUUCACCGUUCCCGUUCCGUUCCAGUUACAGUACCCGUUCCCGUUCAACCGUUCACCGUUACACGUUCCCGUUCCAGUAACCGUACUCCCGAUACAGUUACCCGUUCACCGUUCACCGUUCACACGUUCCACGUUACCCGUUCCCAAGUUCACAGUUCACCGUUCCCGUUACAGUUCACCGUUCACGUACCCGUUCACGUUCCAGUUCACC